GUUAGCCACUGCAAUGAGGGACAAGACUGCAGUUUUCGUGCCUCUUUCUCUUUGAAUGUGUCGGUUUUUCAGACUGACAAUUUGUGACCGUGCUGGAGGAUGGACCCUGUAGUGCUGAGCUACCAGGACAGCCUGUUACGACGCUCUGAUGUGUCCCUACUGGAAGGACCUUACUGGCUCAACGACCAAGUCAUCGGCUUUGCCUUUGAAUACUUCGUCAACGAGCGCUUCCGAAUCCUGGGGGGGACCGUCAUCUUCAUCAGCCCGGAGGUCACCCAGUUCAUCAAAUGUGCUUCCUGCCCAGAUGAGUUAGCCCUGUUUCUAGAGCCGCUGGAUCUGGCCUCACGUCGCUGGGUCUUCCUGGCCGUCAACGACAACUCCAACCAGACCGCCGGGGGAUCUCACUGGAGCCUUUUGGUGUACCAUCACAACUCCAACCACUUCUCUCACUAUGACUCUCAGAACGGCAGCAACUCGCUGCACGCCCGGCGCAUCGCCAGCAAGCUGGAGCCAUUCCUGGGCGCGGGUAGGAAAGCUCUGUUCGUGGAGGAGCCGUGCCCAUCGCAACAAAACAGCUAUGACUGUGGCAUGUAUGUUAUCUGUAUCGCAGAGGCCUUGUGUGAGAAAGCCAAGGUGGAGGGCUCACCACGCCUCCCUGUGCAAAUCAUCACCCCAUCCUACAUCACCCAGAAGAGGGCUGAGUGGUGCAGACUGAUCCAGAGUCUAGCUCAGAACGACCUCUGCUGUGCUCUAACUUUCCCUUAGCACGUCCCUCACUAUAUGCAGAACAGCUGUCAGCCCCCUCCGACCCCCCUACAUAUCUACUGCUGGAGCCUACGAAUGCACUCCCUAAAUACACUAAGAAGAUAUUUAUGAAAUAUAUUUCUAUUAUCUAUUAUACGCCAUGAUAAUAAAAAGCUUAUUGUAUUUGAAUCUUUUACGAUUCACUGAACGGGUGUCAGGUUUAUCUCUUGUAUAUGCACAGCAACAUACAACAUGUAGACGGGAACACCAGCAUGCCUAUAAAAGGAAUCUACUCUGUUGUACAUAUGAAGUGAGGGUGGACAAUAUGUAAUCUGGAGGAGGUGACGCAGGUUUUCUUUGUUUGUUGGUUUUUUUUAAUCCAUUUUUAUUCGUUUGGAGCGAAUGUAGAAAUGUUUACACAGAUUAUUGCUCAGGGUCAUUAUAAAUGAACUAGUAUUGACAAUAAGAAUGUGCAUCUUAACUUCGGCUCCUGCUUUCCGUCAUUGGUACUGAUCACACAUUCGGUUUUUUUUCUCAGUUUUGACUCGUAGUUUUUGAAGCUAAAGCGAGCUGCUGUAUGAGGGCGGGGACGUGCGCCUGUGUGCUGUGAGUGUUUGUGGGACAAAAGGCAAAUGUUGAGUGGAGGAAUGUAUGUUAUGUUCUCACACAAAAAGCAAAUAUCAAACCUGUCCGUUGAGCUAAUAAAUUCUUCUGUUGUCACAUUUUUGGUGACAAAA